UUUUUGAAAUCUCGCGGCUCUGAAGCGCAAUUCCUUUGACUGCGUAGGAAGGUUUGCUCCACGAAUUAAUUAACUAGUCAGCCAGAUAAAAGAGUAUUUAAGGAAAUACGUUGAUUGAAAAUAUUUACUUCUUUUUAGGCAAUUCGAGUCUGACUUUGGUGUUCUUUCGUCGCUAAGCUACAGCUUCAGACGAGCAUUUAUAACAUGGAUAGUUAGCACAUAGAUUAGCUAGGUUAGCUCGCUGAUUUGUUAGGUAAUUUGGCCUCUGUGUGCUCCAGGGUGUUGUGCAGCAAUUAUGAAGAGAGUGGAAAGAGCUCAAAUGAAAGAAACCGCGAUUCCCAUAGUAGGACACGCUGCAAUGAGGAAAGCAAAUGUCAAGAGCGACACUGAAAAUUUGUCAAGGAAGAUCCCAGCAAAAAGUCUCAAAGGACCCUCAGUAAAAUAUGGACAACAUCGCGAUCCAAGUCAGCAGAAUCGGCAUUUGGUGUCGGCAAACGAAGAUUUGCAAAGACAGAUUUCAGAAAUGAAGGAAUAUGUGGCUGUAUUAGAACAACGAUGCAGUGAUGUUCAGGAAGAAAACGGUGAAAUAAAAAAAAAGCUCUGGGACUGUCAUGCACUUAUUAUUGCUGAACACAUUGAUCCAGUUUCAGGUGAAAAAACAGAACAGACAGAAGAUCAAAGAAAAGAACUUGUGACUGUUUCCAAAAAAUUGAUGUCUGAGCUGAAGUUGUUUGAUGACGUUGCAAGAGAGCAUGGAACACAUUUGGCAGAGAUGCAGAACACAAUGAAAAGCCUUAAAGAAGCUAGAGAUACACUUCACCUGAAUAGAGAGACAUUUCGUGUGGAUGCUGAAGAAAUGGAGAGAAUGUUAGAAGAGGCUGAAAGACUGCUGUUAGAGUGACCGACAGACAGCUGUCUGGAAACAAACCACUGCAGUUCUUUUACUACUAAGCUUUUGUUAUAUUUUCAAUAAAGAUGUAUUCUGUAUACUAUAUUUAAUGAAGAAUGCUUAUAUUAUAUACUGACAGUGGUAGUUACUAAUAGUGAGUAAAUGGUUUUCUCUGUUGCAGGAUCUUUUUUUUUUUUUUGACCAAAAUGAAUCUGAACAAACAAUGUACAUUAACAUGUGUGUUAUUUGUAAUCCAUUAAAACCAAAUAAAUAAAAACCUUUGCAAGAU